AUGAACAAAGCUGUUAAAGGUCUCCAUUAAUUAGUGCUUGUAGUAAUUUAAUGUGUAUAUAUUUUGAAAGCAUUGAAUCGCUAUAGAAAUCGCGAUUCAUUCGAUUAUUAGGGGUUUAAAUCGAUUACCGUCCGAAAUCGACGAUUCACGAUUCAAAAAUCCAUGUUUCAAGAUUGAUGCAUUCUCAGGGUUUGUAAUCACAACUCUGACUGAAAUUCAAUGACGCCAAGGCUGUACUGUGAUUGGUUAUUAAGGCACACAUGAUCCAAGUUGAUAUUUGAAACAAACAAACAAAAAACAGUCGAUUUAAUACUUAUUUAAGGGACAAUUUGAGAGCAGAAUGUAAAAUUAUGGUAGAUUUUAUAAAUAGUCAAAGAUGUUACAGGUAGGUAAAUCAAUUCAGUGGGGGCCUUUAAAAUAUAUUACUGUAUUUGUUAUUAUAACUGUAAAUCAAUGGAUUGACGCCUCCUACGUUUUUACACAGUGUGUGGAAUUGAAUUUUUACACGGUCCCUUAUUGUGGCAAAGAAAUGCUGUCUAACAAAGUGGGCAAACAGCUGGGUCACCCCACGUAUUCUUUAACUGGAUGGUUGGUGUCCAAGUUCUUUAAAUGGCACAAUCAGAUUUUGGAGGAGAAUGCAGUGAAAUUGUGCAACAUACAACCCAACGACACGGUGCUGGAGCUCGGUCACGGCCCGGGCUUCGGUCUGCAGGCGGCGGCGCAGCUCCUCACGGGUCCGGAGGGAAAACUGCUCGGUGUGGAUUACUCGCAAUACAUGCAUGAGAUGGCCAGUAAACGCAUGAAGGAGCAGAUCUCCAGAGGAAAGGCUGUGCUGUAUUACAGUGAUGUGGUGGCCAUGCCGAUAGAGGAAAACACGGCUGACAAGGUGUUUCACUGCAACUGUUAUUACUUCUGGCCGGAUCUGAAAGCAGGAGCGAGAGCGAUUCACAGAGUUAUGAAACCAGGUGGAAUUAUGGUUACAGCUCUCAGGCUAGAUAGUGUUAAAAAAGUAGCUUCAAAGAACAUGUUUAGUGGGGAGAGCUGGCGUCCUGAGGUCUACAUGGAAGCACUGCAGUCCUCUGGAUUCACAGAUGUCCGAAUGGAGAAUAAAAGAGAGAAACUCAUCACAUUUCAAGCUAUUUUUGCCACUGCUGUGAAAUAAAUUCCUGUGUAAUGUAAUAUGAUAUGCCCUUCCACACUUUUUAUGAUUGAAUCUGAAUUAAAGAUAAAUCCAACAAGAGUAAA